GGCUGCGGCCCCGCGCUGCCCUGAUGGCGCGGCGGCCCGAGCUGCUGUGCGGCGCGGCCAUCGUGCUAGGCUGCGCCUUCCUCGUCGCCCUCAAAGUCACCUGCAGGGUGCUGUUACCUAAAGUACAAGCAUUAAAAGAGGAUGAGGCCAGGGAAGAAAUCAAAAGAAAUCACUCUUCCUGCCGAGCAAAGGAUGUAACAAUGCCAGCGAAGCUUCCAGUGAAUUUUUUCUCCACGAGAUCUCCAGUGAUUGACCUUUUUCGGGGGCAGUUAGACUAUGCAGAUCAGCUCCGUCAGGAUUCAGAGAUUGUGCUGUAUUUCUUCUACGCACCGUGGUGCGGGCAGUCCAUUGCAGCAAGAGAAGAAAUAGAACGUGUGGCCAGCAGAUUGUCAGACCAGGUGCUGUUUGUGGCUCUAAAUUGCUGGUGGAACCAGGGGAAAUGCAGGAAGCAGAAGCAUUUCUUUUAUUUUCCUGUGAUACACUUGUACCAUCGGAGUUUUGGACCAAUUGAAUACAAAGGCCCUAUGAGUGCUGUUUAUAUUGAAAAGUUUGUUCGCCGGGUGAUGACACCACUACUCUACAUCUCGUCUCGAUCAAAAUUACUAGAUUUCCUCUCAAAUUAUGAGCCUGGAGUUGUGGGAUUUUUUGAGUUCAAUGCUUCACCUCAACCGCCUGGUUAUUUAACAUUCUUCACCUCAGCAUUACAUUCAUUAAAGAAAGAUUACCUUGGGACGAUCCGCUUUGGAGUGGUCACGGAUAAACGUGUGGCAGAGGAGAUCUCCCUGGUGCACUCUGGCAGUGUGUAUUUGCACAGACAUGCCAACACAUCUCUUAUCUAUCCAAAAGACAUCAUGAACUUCACUGCUGAGAACAUUUGCAAGUGGGCUCUGGAAAAUCGGGAGAUGCUCAUACGCUGGCUGAGACCACAUGGUGGGAAAAGCCUUCUUCUAAACAAUGAGCUGAAGAAAGGACCAGCACUUCUCAUAUUUGUACCUUAUAAUCCCCUAGAAGAAAUUCAUCCUCUUUUAGAUGAAAUUACCAAAGUGGCCUUGGAAUACCACAAGUGUAACAAAAGCCAGGCAGCUGAGCCAGAUCUUCAGCACAGAGACUCUGAUUCACCAGCUUUUGAUUCCUCUGUAACAGAUGCACAUGUGAAGUUCUCCGAAACAUUUCCCAUAGCCAAGUACCCGUGCUGUAACACGGUGGUGCUUCCGCAGUGGCACUCCAUCUCCAGAACUCACAAUGUCUGUGAGCUCUGUGUUAACCAGACCCUCGGUGUCAAACCAAAUAAAGUCCAUGUGCCACACUGUAACUUUUUAGAGAUAGAAGCAGCUUUGGACUCUUUCUACCUCCAGGAACAUACCUUUUUUCAAGUAAUAUCCAAUACCAUAGAAUGCAGCAAUUUCUUAAGUUUCUAUAGUCCCUUUAGCUAUUACACUGCAUGUUGCAGGACAGUAAACAGGCAUUUUUUAAGUUUCAUUAGUUCUGAGAAGACCAUCUUUCAGACCCCCAAAGUAGCAUUUUCUUCCCAUGGGAAGAAAGAUAGCACUCAAUUUUCUAUUCCUCACAUUGAGGAUAGGAAUUGUUUUAUUCCUGACCUUAAUAUUAGUAGCACGAACAUUACUGGUCUGAGCUGCAGGACCAACAAAACCUUGAAUCUCUAUCUAUUGGAUUCAAAUCUUUUUUGGAUAUAUGCAGAGAGACUAGGAGCAUCAAGAUCUACUCAUCUUAAGGAAUUUGCUGCCAUUGUUGACCUGAAAGAGGAAGUGCACUACGUCCUGGACCAGAAUCAGUCGCUUGUUGGACCUACCCUGGAGAACUUCAUUAAAAAUUUCAGUGUUCUCUACAGUCCCUUGAAAAGGCAUCUGGUCGAUGACCCUUCAGUCCGUUCUCACGAAGAGCGCGUGGUCACUGAAGUGACUACGAACACCUUUCACGAGACCGUGCUCCUCAGUGCCAAGAAUGUCCUCCUGCUGUAUUAUGCACAGUGGUGUGGAUUCUGUGCUUCUCUUAAUCACAUCUUUAUUCAGCUUGCUCGGCUUUUGCCUCCCGACAGUUUCACUGUGGCAAGAAUUGAUGUGACUCGAAAUGACCUUCCCUGGGAAUUUAUGACAGACCGUCUCCCAACCAUUUUAUUUUUUCCUCAUCAGAGGAAGGAGCAAAGUGUGAAGUUCCCUGAAGACUUUUCAGUUAACCUUCCUAAUCUCCUGAAAUUUAUUUUACAUCACUCAAGUAUUUCUUCAUCAGAGCCCUGUACCAAAGAAUGCCUACAAAAAGAGUCAGUUCUACAGCAAGGACACAUAUCACACUUGGAGAGAGAAAUUCAGAAGCUAAGAUCAGAAAUCAGUGCUCUUCAUCAGGCCCAUGAUCAGCUUGAAGCACAGCUUUCUGAAGCCAGGAGAGAGGAGCAGAGACUACAGCAGCAGAAACACACACUGGAAAAGCAGCACAAGACUCUGCAGCUCCACAGUGAGCAGUUACAGGCCACAUAUGACCAGAAGAAUCAAGAACUAUUAGAAAUGGCUGAAAAGCUUCAAGAAUUAGCUGACGCAUCAGAAAACCUCCUUAAAGAGAAUGCUUUACUGAGAAUUCUGGUGGCAUCAAGAGGUGGAAGGCUACAGAGCAAAGAUGAAAUUAAAGAACCCCUUCAAUCUGAGCAAACACUUUCUGAAGAUAAUGAUAUAUCACUUUCAACAGCUACUGCUGCUUUAGAGGAAAAAAGGAUUGAUAAUAUUGAUGCUAUAGAGACAGAGCACAGUAGUGGAAAUAGGACAGAAUAACUACUUACACAAAAUCAAAUGAUGCAGUAUUGGGUAGGUAUUUAUG